UCAACCACAUUAAAUGUUAUUGAUAUCAAUACAGUGUGUGCAUCAGAGAGCUGAUAAUGUAAUUGCAUUCAUACGUUCUUGACAUCGCUCCGAAAUGAACCGCAAUUGGCAACAGCAGCUGAUCAUAAUUCUCUCAACGGUCAUACAUUUGGCAACCCCAUGGUACUACCACUGUAUUCCAGGCAUCGUACCCGAUUCGGCAAUCCUGUCCGACAGUUGCAGCCUGAAAGACAUCGUCGUUCGAAGCGAUAUCGAUGCACAGAAUGUGUACUUCCCACCGACCAACAUCAACUUCUUCCAGUCGAACUUUUCGUCCUUCUCGCCAACUUUGGGACGUCGACUCCCGGAAGAAGCGGAACGCGUAAACUUCUACAACUGCGUAGUGCCGAAAUUUGCCAUUCCCACAAAGUUACGUUCUCUGGGAUUGUUCUUCAGUAACGUGGUCACGGUUUUCACCAACUACCUGACGGAAAACGCAAUGGAAGAGUUGGUGGUUGUGGGAGCAAAGAUCACGUCGAUGAGGUUCGUGGAGGUGUUCAGUAAUUUGCGAUAUCUUCGCAUUGAAGGAAACCCGAUCCAGAUAGUGAAUAUGGAAACGUUCCGCAAUUUGACCAAAUUAGAACUGGUUCACCUCAGUGGCAACAGAAUAUAUUUUUUCGAACCGGUGACCAAGCAUUUAGAGCUACCAAAACUGGUUGAGCUGAAUCUACGAAGAAACUUUCUGGUGCAAUUCGAUAGCAGUUUGUGGUACUCGCCAAACUUGAGCGUUUUGAAACUGCACACAAACUUUCUGAAAAGCUUGAAUGUGGACGAACUGCAUCGGUCAUUUCCCAAUCUUGGGGAAGUGACUCUGGGUAGCAAUCUCUGGAACUGUCAACGGUUGAACGUGAUUAUGGGCUCGAUGCUGAUUCGUAACAUCAGCACUUACGUACCGGAUGCAAAGAUGGGUUGUCAUUCGUAUUCACACGUCGAUUAUUUGAGCCUAUCUGGGCUGGAUGCUAUCAGCAAAACAAAACUAUUGGUGGAUCGAUUGGAUGAAGCCUCUUCCGGAUAUUAUGCGGAGCUGUCAAACACUACUUUGCUGGAGGAGUUACAAAGUAGAAGCAAUAUUUUGGGGGUUAAAAUUAAGAGAAUGAAUGACACUGUGCAGAGAGUUCACAGUAUUUAUGGCGAUUUGAAACUCUGGAUGCAGAAGAGAAGCGAAACACAUCGAAUUAGUGAUAAAUAAAAUUAUUCAAUCUGUUUCCUGUAA